AGCCAGUCAGUUAAUUAUUAACAAGUUUUUCCAACACUUGAUAAACAGGGCAACAUAGAAUUAGGCCUAUAACAGUUGAGUCAGGGAUUUACUUAAAAUCAGUCAAAUUGCCUCAUUGGGCAGGCACGGUUUUCUUUUUUACUGCACAAAAUUUCAGUACCGGUACACUAAAACUGAUUUCCGGUUCCUUCGUAUUGAAAGGUUGUCAGGUUAUGACAUUUCUAAACAGCGGCCUUUAUUGUCAAUCCCUGAUAUUACACCGAGUUAUCGGAGAGCAGCUUUCACUGACGUGAAUGGAUAAUCUAUCUGGCACCACUAUGAUGGGUCAGGGCAGAAGCAUCCUGCUCGCAUGGAUAAGUCUGAGCCUGUUUGUGAUUUUCCAUACAGUCGCAGGUGACAGAGAGAGCCUCUUCCAGCUUCAUACUAGUUAUGGUCAGCUGGAGGGCAGGCUGGUCAGAGUGAGAGAGAGCCAGAGGAAGGUGGCUGCCUACCUGGGGAUCCCCUUCGCUGAGCCCCCUGUCGGACCCCUGAGGUUCCAGGCCCCCCAGCCUCCCCGGGUGUGGCAGGGACUGAGAGACGCCAAGGCUUACCCCCCUCUGUAUGAGCCUAAGCAGUGUCUGCAGAACAUAAACCACACUAGACAGAUGGGGGACCUGUACAGAGGUCGGUUCCCUGUCCUAACCACCUCAGAGGACUGCCUUUACCUGAACAUCUACACACCAGUCAAACCUGGGGACCCAAGGAAACUACCAGUGAUGGUUUGGAUCCAUGGUGGAGGCUUCCUCAUGGGAGGGGCUUCACUCUAUGAUGGCUCCUCAUUGGCUGCCUUCGGGGACGUUGUGGUGGUCAUCCUUCAAUACCGUCUGGGUAUCCCAGGGUUCCUCAGCACUGGGGAUGGCCAGUACCCCGGGAACGUGGGUAUUCUGGACCAGGUGUGUGCCCUGCGCUGGGUGCAGGAGACCAUCAGCAGUUUCGGGGGAGACCCAGGAUCUGUCACCAUUUUCGGAGAGUCUGCUGGUGGUUUUGCCGUCUUUUUACAUAUGAUGUCCCCUCUGUCAUCAGGACUGUUCCACAAGGCCAUCAGUCAGAGUGGAGUACCCCUCAUUUCUAUGUUCAUCCAGGCUGACCCCAAACCUGCUGCACAGCUGGUGGCACAGAGAGCAGGGUGUCCCAGUGAUGACUCUGCAGAGCUCAUGACCUGCCUCAGUACCCUCAGCCCACAGGACAUAGAGGCGGCUACACCUGCGCUGGGGGAGAUGGUUCUGUCUGUGCACAGGGAUGGGACAGUCAUCCCUACCAACCUGGAGGAAGUCCUGCAGACCAAGAGCUUCCUGGGCUUCCCCAGCAUCAUAGGGGUCAACAACCAUGAGUAUGGAUGGAUGCUCCCACAUUUUUUCCUGUUUCCUGGAUGGGAUCUUGGAAUGACCCGUGAAAACAUGAUGAUGAUCCUGGCGUUUAUGCUUCAGAAACUGCGUAUGCCAGACUCUGCCCUGGGGAUCAUCGUAGAGGAGUACUUUGGUGACACGAAGGACCCCGUGGGGAUCAGAGAUGCCUUCUUGGAGCUUAUGGGAGAUCUACUGAUUGUGAUCCCUGUGAUCCAGGGAGCCAGGAGGUGUAGAGAUUCUGGUUGCUUGAUCUACUACUAUGAGUUCCAGCAGCGCCCCUCCAUGUUCAUGUCCAUCAGGCCAGGCUUUGUGAAAGCAGACCACUUUGAUGAGGUUGGCUUUGUGUUUGGCGCCCCCUUUUGGACAGAUGACAUAGUGAUGUUAGAUAACACGACAGACGAGGAACGACAGCUUAGCAGGACCAUGAUGAAAUACUGGACUAACUUUGCCAGAACAGGUAACCCUAACGGAGAGAAUAUGUUUGAUUGGCCGACAUUCACCACAGAAGAAGAGUGUCUACUGAUCCAGGCCAACCUCGGGCUGAGCAGUGUCUCAGAGAAGAAGAGAGUCCAGUUCUGGACAGAAGACUUCCCCAAAGCACUGCAGACUGCUGGACACAAAGAUGCACACAAUGACCUGUAGAACUGAAUGUUCACUGUGUCAAAUGCUGUUCUAGGAGUGUCUGUUGUUUCCCUCCACUCCUGUGAUGGCAGUCUGCUAUUAGGUUACAGUAUAUGAGGCUUUCUUUGCCUUUUCCUUAUUUAGUAUCAUCUUUUGGCCAUUUUAGUAUUCCAGAUUUUCUGUAGUGGUUUGCUCUUCUAUUUUUAUUUUACAUAUCAUUUUUUUUAAAUAUUAUGUAGCCUAUUUUUAUCUUGCUGUGUUCAUAUGUCCAUUAAAGCCAUACAAUCCAUAAA